AUGUCUUCGUCACCAUCAUCAGGUAAACCCAGACGGUCACCGCCCCAGAUCCCCCGACCGAGCUCGUCGGUCGUCGUGGUAUCCCCGGAUAACCAGGUCCUGCUCCUUCACCGGGUCAAGACGUCGACGUCGUUUGCGUCGGCCCACGUCUUCCCCGGCGGCAACCUAGACGCCUUCCACGACGGGGACAUACCGCCGCCAGGGUCCCCGCUGAGGCACGAGGACGGGCGCGCGUACAGGCUGGGCGCCGUGCGUGAGUGCUUCGAGGAGACCGGUAUCCUCCUGGCCAGGACCGGAGACAAGGACGGUGACCUCGUACAUCUCGGGACGGCGGCGGAGCGCGACGAGGCCCGUACCAGAAUACAUGGGAAUGCCGUGCGCUUCAUGGACUUUGUCGGAUCUACAGGUGGUGUUCCCGAUAUAGAUAAUCUAAUCCCCUUCACCCGAUGGAUCACACCGGCCAACGUCCCAAAACGCUUCACCACCCAAAUGUACAUCUAUCUCCUCCCUCUCGACACCACCCUCCCAUCCGAGAUGCUCGUGCCCACCCCCGACGGCGGGGUAGAGCACACGGCCGCCACCUUCGCCCACGCGUCCACCUUUCUCGACCGCGCAGCCGGGGGGGAAAUCAUCCUGUUUCCACCCCAGGUCUACCUCCUGCACCACGUCGCCAGGUUCCUCCCCGCUCCCGGCGACGGCGACGGCGACGGCUCAGCGGAUCACAGAGCUUCGCAGCGAGAGAGACUUGUCAACUUUCUACGCGCUGUGCCUACUACUUCUUCCGCUGCGGCCCAUGGGCAUCCGACGUCGAGAAUCGCCUGGGCAGACAAGGUCAUCAGUCCGCAUACGCUGUUCCUCCGCAAGGCGGAUGGCAGGGUCGUUCUUGGACUGGAUAAGCCUGGUCCUGAGUUGGCAACGACAUCCAGGGGCGGUGACCACGAGAGCGUCGCCCUCGUCCGGUUUGCCGAGGGGGGACUCUCGGACGUGGAGAUUCGCCUGCGCGCUCAUGUCUUGGCCGAGGAGAAGUCCUACAAGGAUAAGUUGUAA